AUGGAAGGGCCUGAAGGCUCACCAUAUCAGAAUGGCAAAUUCCUAGUCAAGCUCUCCCUACCCACGGAAUACCCCUUCAAGCCGCCGACUGUCUCCUUCGCAACGAGAAUAUAUCACCCGAACGUAACGAACGACGAAAAAGGAAGCAUGUGCCUAGGCAUGCUCCGAGCCGACGAAUGGAAACCCAGCUCGAAGAUCGCCGCAGUUCUUCAAUUCGCCCGGCAGCUACUAUCUGAGCCGAUGCCAGACGACGCUGUCGAGGGACGGAUCGCGGAGCAAUACAAAAACGACCGGCCACGCUACGAGGAGAUUGCGCGGGAGUGGACUCGUAAACACGCUUGUUGA